ACAAAGUCUCGCUAGCAGACGCAAAAGCGAGAAACAAGAAUAAAAAGUUGAUAUAAAUUUCAUUUCAAUUAAGUUUUAUGCUAACGAGCAGAUGAAUUUCUAAGCUUAACGCAGCGUGGACGAAAAUAAAAGAGGAAAACUGUGUAGUUAAACGACUUUGGUUAGCAUCACAGCUGCAGGAGCAAAUGUUGCACACUAUUUAGAGAUACGGAACGUUUGAGAACCGGAUAGAGCUGUAAGCUGCAAAAUAAAAGGAAACAAAUAAAAUCACCAGAGGAACAAAGAGAUCUCCGGCCGGGCUAUGUACUGCCAGGAAAUGCUGCUGCUGGCAUGCCUACUGCUGCUGUUGGGGGGCCAGCCGCACUUGACCUCGACCACGACGACAUCCACUAUGGUGGCGGCCAUGACGAUUGCCAACCAGGAUCUGGAGCGAUACUUUCGACCGGCGAAUGCGACGCACUCGUACACCAGCAUAGGCGAGGAGCGCCUCACCAUGGACUUCUACAACUUCGCCUUCCUCAAUUGGUCCUAUGUGGACAGCCAGAACAUAAUCAGGGAAAUUGAGUUUUCGGAGGAGAAGGCGCGCUACGGCGAGGGCCGAGUGCUCAAUGUGACGGGUCGUCUGAUACACAUUAGCACUGCUGAUGAUAUUAGCGACGAUUUCGCGUGCACACCCUACAUACGCGGCACCCUGGGCUCGCCGCUGCCCGAGAAGGGCGUGUCAUGGAUAGCGCUGGUGCGACGUGGUCGUUGCACCUUCGAGGAUAAGGUGAAACAUGUGCAUCAAUACAACGCCGCGGGGGUAAUAAUCUACAAUGAUAAGCAGGUUAUGCAGCUGGAGAAGAUGCAGAUCAAAAAUAAGAAUCGUAAUAUUGCCGCAGUGAUAACGUAUCAAGCAAUUGGACUCGAACUAGCCAACACUGUUGAUAAGGGAAUAAAUGUAACCAUUUCCAUAAUCGAAGGACGACGGGGCGUGCGAUCUGUCAGCAGCUUAAAUCGCACCUCGGUUCUGUUUGUGUCGAUAUCGUUUAUUGUGCUGAUGAUUAUUUCGUUAGUAUGGCUUAUCUUUUACUAUAUACAGAGAUUCCGUUACAUGCAAGCAAAGGAUCAGCAAUCGCGCAAUCUUUGCUCAGUGACAAAGAAAGCCAUUAUGAAAAUUCCAACAAAGACUGGCAAAAUGACCGAUGAGAAGGACCUGGACAGCGAUUGUUGUGCCAUUUGCAUUGAGUCCUACAAGCCCGCUGACAUUAUACGCAUACUGCCCUGCAAGCACGAGUUCCACAAGAACUGCAUAGAUCCGUGGCUGAUUGAGCAUCGGACCUGUCCCAUGUGCAAACUGGAUGUGCUCAAGUUCUACGGCUAUGUGUUCCUGGGCAGUGAGGAGAGCAUCUUGGAGUACGAGCCGGAGCGGAACGCCCGCAACGCCAAUCCCCCGAUUGCUGCGAUCGGCGUCACCCAGGAGACGGCGACGGCUGUGGCCCCGUCACCGGCUCCGAUCCAGUCGAGCGCCUUGGCCGAUCUGAUACGCAGCCGCGACUUUGUGAUAGAUUUCCCGCGCGUCUUCGUCCUGAACAGCGGCAGCGUGGUGGGCGCCCGGGAUAUGCUCUUCCCAACCAGGCUGCCAGAGCGCUCGCAGAGCUCGCUGUCGCUGCGACAGGCGCGUGACUGGAUGGCCCAGAUGACCAACAAACUGGAGGAGCAGCAGGGGCUGCGACGCCUGCGCAAGGAUGAAAUGCAGCAGCAACUGCUGAGUGCCCGGGACUCGGCUCGACAGCGUCGCUCGCGCUCCGCCGACGGACGCUAUGCCACCGGCUGCUUUGGCCGCCAGCGGCAGUCGGUGGGGCAGGCAGCAGCAGCCGGCACGCUGCCACAGCCUGAGGUGGGGCAAAUGCGUCGCACUAGCUCCACUCAGGCGCUGCAGCAGCUGACGGACGCCUCGUAUGCCCAGUCGCGCCAGAGGCAGCGCGAGACCUUCGACUUUGCGCGCACUCGACGUCGCUUCAUGGGACGGCAGGACGAUGAGAUCUCCUUGCAAUCCCUGCCGAGGCGUGCCGCACCACCGCCUCCCGCCCACCCGCAGCGGGAGCGGGGCGAGGCUGAGGCCAGCGAGCAUAUUACCAUUCAGGUGAACGGAGAGGGCGUCGAUCUCAAUGAGUAG